AUGGAGCUUCCUUUGAAUUUAAAGGACCUGUACAUUUUAUGGUUACAGGAGCUGGUAGAUGGAUUGAACCCUAAACAAGACCAACUAAAAAUAGCCUAUGAAAAAGCGAGGAGAAAUCUACAAGAUGCUGAAGGUACAUUUUAUUACCCCAUAGAUCUAAAAAAAGUAAAGGGAAUUGGUAACACGAUCAUAAAGAGGUUAGGUGCGAAGUUGCAGGAUUAUUGUAAAAUCCAAGGGAUCUCUCCUCUGGAAGCGCCGACGUUAACGCAGGCGAGCAGCACUGGACCAUCUAAGAGAACUACAACUGCUUUGCGUAGUAUAGAAAACUCGAACAAAAUUGAUAAAGAUGAAGCAGAUGAAGAAAGGGGAACCAAAAAGAGAAAAAGUAAGAAAUAUAUACCCAAAAAGAGGUCUGGAGGAUAUGCUAUUCUACUUUCAUUGCUUGAGCUAAAUGCUUUUUCUCGAGGUGUUCGGAAAGAACAAAUUGUAGAGCUCGCAGGAAAGUAUAGUGAACACUGUAUGACGCCCAAUUUCUCUACAAAAGAGUUUUACGGUGCCUGGUCGUCCAUUAGCUCACUCAAAAAACACUCGUUGGUUCUGGAGGAAGGUAGACCAAAAAGGUACUCACUAACAGAAGAAGGUAUGCAAUUAUCCAAGAGUUUGAAGUUGGCGGAUAUGAUUUCAUUUCCAAAAGAAGGUAAUGUGACGGGCGAGUAUUCAGCAAUUAGAAACGAAAGUAGCGAAUUUACGGCAAACCUUACUGAACUUAAUGGCGAAGAGGAUGAUGGAAACAAUUUGAAUGUCACUUCGUUGAUGUUAGAUAUAACCUUUCAAGAUUUGAGCACACCGCAGAGGCGGCAGAACGAAUUACGUAAAGACGAACGACUUCAUACCCAAAAUAUAUCCUCAUAUGCCAUGAAGGAGGUCUCUGGUAGUCAACCAAUAUCCAGCACCGAAUUGAACGCCAAAAGCAAAACCGUAAGAAGGAGGUACAACGGAAUAAGUUAUGAAUUGUGGCGUAACAACGAUUUUGAAGUCUUCCCAAUUAUCGAUCAUAGAGAAAUAAAAUCACAGUCUGACCGUGACUUUUUUUCAAGAGCAUUUGAACGGAAAGGCAUGAAGUCAGAUAUAAGGCAGCUUGCCCUAGGUGAUAUCAUAUGGGUUGCAAAGAAUAAAAAUACCGGAUCGCAGUGUGUUCUGAACACAAUAGUCGAAAGGAAAAGGUUAGAUGAUUUGGCUUUAAGUAUAAGGGAUAACAGAUUCAUGGAGCAAAAAAAUAGACUAGAGAAAUCAGGCUGUGAUCACAAAUAUUAUCUCAUUGAAGAAACUAUGAGCGGAAAUAUUGGGAACAUGAACGAGGCGCUGAAGACCGCCCUUUGGCUCAUUUUAGUGUAUUACAAAUUCUCCAUGAUAAGAACCUGCAAUUCUGAUGAAACUGUGGAAAAGAUACACGCAUUGCAUACUGUGAUAUCUCAACACUAUUCCCAAAAAGAUCUGGUGGUAAUAUUUCCAAGUGACCUUAAGAACCAAGACGACUAUAAGAAGGUACUGUUACAUUUCCGUCGAGAAUUUGAAAGGAAAGGCGGUAUUGAAUGUUGUCACAAUUUUGAAUGCUUCCAAGAAAUGAUGGGAAAAGGUGACUUGAAGACGGUUGGCGAGUUAACCAUCAAUAUUUUAAUGCUUGUCAAAGGUAUCUCUCUAGAGAAAGCGGUGGCUAUCCAAGAAAUAUUCCCUACUUUGAAUGAUAUAUUGAUGGCGUAUCAAGCGUGCUCAUCGGAAGAGGAGGCAAAGUUAUUAAUGUUCAAUAAUUUUGGAGAUGCACCUGGUGCCAAGAAAAUAACCAAAGGUCUUUCGGAAAAGAUAUAUGAUGCCUUCGGUAAAUUGUAA